AUGAUUGCAUUUCUUGAUUGGAUAUCAGCAUUUUUAAAUAGACGUUCAAGGGAACAUAGAUAUGUUGCUUAUGUUUUAAAUAAAGAAAAGGAACAUUUGAAGGAAAUGAUGAGCAAUGAACUUUAUGAUGGUCAAAUUUCUAGUUCUGAUUUGAGGGAACGUUGGGAAUCUCAUAAUAUGCAUAUUGUAUCUAGUGAAGAGGAUAUUAAAAGAUUAGAAAACGAAGCCCAUGAUCGUUGGGCCGAAAGAAAUGUUUUUGCCCGAUUUAUAAAUGCUGUAGGAAAUUGUAUAUGUGCACAUACAGAUGUAAUAUGUUAUGCUUUUGCUGUUUUUGUACAUGGAAAAACUGCUGGAUUAUUAACUUUACCUUUGCCAGCAUUAGUUUUCUUUUGGGGAACUUUGGCAAAUCCUCGCCCUUCAAAAUUUUUUUGGGUUACAAUGAUUAUUUGGACAGAAUUGGUUAUUGUUGUUAAAUUUGCUUUUCAAUUUGGAUUUUGGGAUUGGAAUUCUAUUGCUGAAGAAGCUAAAAAUUCACAUAAAAUAUAUAAAUUACAAUAUAUUUUUGGUGUACAAAGAGUUGAAUAUUUUGCUGUAACUGAUGUGGCUUUGUUAAUUGCGUUGUUUUUUCAUAGAUAUAUGCUUCGAAAACUUGGAUUAUGGAGGGAUGCCAAUUCGGACCGACUUCUCGCAUAUACUCCCCAAAUAUUAAAUAAUAAUGACAACAAGAAUAAUUUAUCUUCAACAUCCUCUUCAAAUGAACAAAGUCCAAAUAAAAAGAAAGGAAGAACACAAAAUGGUUCUACAGCAACAGAAACUUCAGCAAUCACAACAACUUCAAUUUCUGAUGAUCAAAUUAAUUUAGAAGAAAUUGAUAUUGAAAGCGGACAGAAACCUACAGCAACAACUACUACACCAGCAGCAGAACCUGUUUUGGCAGAAAAUUCGAAGCCACCCUCUCCUCCAUCAAAAAUUGUACAUUUAAGCUUAAUUUAUCCAAAAUUUCGUUAUAUUUGUGAUUUUUAUCCAUUAAUGUUCUUUUUGGAUAUUUUUUGUAUGCUUAUAAUUGCUUUUGGUUAUUCUUCUUUUGGUGAAGGAGGAACUGGGGAUGUUGUUAGUGAUAUUAAGAGUAAUAGAAUACCAAUAACACUUGUAGUUAUAAUUCUUGUCCAAUCUUUGAUGAUUGUUUUGGAUAGAGGCCUAUAUUUAAGGAAAGCUGUUGUUGCUAAAUUGAUAUAUCAUUUGCUUACUUUAAUUAUUGUGCAUGUUUGGAUAUUUUUUAUUUUACCUUUAUUUACACAAAAGGAAGCAUAUACAAAUGGAGUAGCAAGAUUUUUAUAUUAUAUCAAAUGCAUUUACUUUUUAAUUUCUGCCUGGCAAAUAAGAAAUGGUUAUCCUUCUCUUUGUAUUGGAAACUUGCUUACACACUCUUAUGGGUUAAUUAAUAUGGUUUUGUUUAAAAUGUUUGUUUUCUUUUUAAAAUUUUUUUUAAAUUUUUUAUUUUGGGGUCAUUGGCUAGAUAUUCUGAAUUUUUUUGAAUUUUGA